AUGCAAAAAAGACACCAGAGCAUUCAGCAUAGUUGCAAGGAACUCGGAUUUUUGUAUGCAUAUCAGGGCAUUCAUCUUUCAUAUAUUCCCUUUUAUACCCCCAUUUUCAGAGUCUUUCCCCAUUUCGUCUUUUCUUUUCUUUUCUUUUCUUCUUCGGUGGGAUAUUUAUUCGGGUCCUUCUUCGCCUUUCUUCUAACCCCACCUUUGGUACGGAGUAUUUCUCCCCUCUAUUUUUUGGAGGGAUGGAUCUUGGUGUUUUGGAGGAUACUGCAUCUUUGGGUUUGUUUGUUGAUGCUUGACUGCUCAUCCGCCAUUCUUGGUUUUUCCAUACGGAUGGUGCUUUGAGAGAAAGCGAUGGAAAUGGAAUUUCCCUUUUAUUGAAUUUGAGAUUCGGGAUUGUGGAUGGAUGCAGUUAUGAGGAUAUGUCAUGUAGGUAGUCUGCGGUAUGUAGCUUUCAAGCUAGAACGUGAGAUGUAUGAUUGAGUGAAUA